AGGCGCGGAUGGAGGGGCAGUACCGGAGCCUCGGCGGGAGCCCCGGGAGCGGGCGGGGACCCGGGAGCCCAGUUCUACUUCUUCUCUACUUCUUCCCCGCUGCAAGUCUGAGGAGGGAAGGAGGAGAAGUUCCCCCUUCCCUCCCCUAGGCUUCGGCGGCUGAGUGACGCCCGGAUUUCUGACCGGGACCUGCGGCGGCCGCGAGACUGGCAGGGCGAGCGGAGGAGGCGGCGGCGAGCCCAGCAUGGCCCGAGCCAGUCCCUUAGCUUGGCCGCCGCUUCUGCUGUCCCUGCUGUCGCUGUUCUGGGCGCCCUCGGAAGCCGGGACCAAGACAGUCGGAGUGCUGGCCCCAGCCCAGGUGCGCGGCUUCCUGGGCGACACCACGGAGCUGCCGUGCAAACUGCAGCCGCUGGGGCACAACGUGACGGUGACGCAGGUGACCUGGACUCGGCAGAAGCUGCCGGAGGCCGCCCGCAGCGUGGCGGUCUUCCACCCCACCCAGGGCCCCAGCUUCCCGGAGCCCGGCCGGUUGGAGUUCGUGGCCGCCAGGCCAGGCGUGGAACUGCGAGACGCAUCGCUGGCCGUGCGGGGGUUGCGCGCCGAAGAUGAAGGCAAUUACACCUGCCAGUUCGCCACGUUCCCCAACGGCGACAGGAGCGCCCGAACCUGGCUCCGGGUGCUCGCCCAGCCCCAGAACAAGGCUGAGACCCAGGAGAUCCCGCUCAGCCAGCUCAGCCUGGAGCCUGUGCCCGUGGCCCACUGCAUCUCCAUGGGGGGUCGCCCGCCCGCCCGCAUCUCCUGGUCCCCGCCCCUGGACAAGAUGGCCAAUACAAGCCAGGUGCCAGGGCCCCUGCCCGGCACUGUCACCGUCAUCAGUCUCUUAACCUUAAUGCCUUCCAGCCAUAUGGAUGGCAAGAACGUCACUUGCAGAGUGCAACACGAGAGCUUCGAGGAGCAGGUGGUGCUGCCCGUGACCCUCACCGUGCCCUACCCCCCCGAGGUCUCCAUAUCCGGCUAUGAUGGCAACUGGUACAUCGGCCGUAGUGAGGCCUCCCUGCACUGUGACGUCCGCAGCAAACCAGAGCCCACAGGUUAUAACUGGAACACGACCAUGGGACCCCUGCCACCCUCUGCUGUGGCCCAGGGCGCCCAGCUCCUGAUCCAUACUGUGGACGAGUCCAUCAACACGACUUUCAUCUGCCUUGUCACCAACGCCCUAGGGGCUGGCCAGGCAGAAGUGACCGUCCUGGUCACAGAACUUCCCAGGGAGCCGUCACAUUCGGGCUUGUCCUCUGAGAUCAUUAUCAUCCUGACUUUCACUAUCAUCCUGGUUGGUCUAUUCCUGCUGGGGCUCCUGAUUUAUUUCUGGAAACACAGAAACUCCCGUUGGAACCAGCACAGCUCGUCUGCUAAUGGGAAUGUCAUCUAUUCAGCUGUUGGCUGUAAUGCCAGCUCUCCCCAGGGUCCAGAGGCAGAGGGCACGAGGUGACAGCAUCGGGCCUGACCAGAGGGAGUCCUCACUGGAGCUGGUGAGGCGGUGGGCCCCGCAGCUGGACACCCGCCCCACCUCAACGGAUGACGUCUCCCUCCAAAGAGACUGGCCACCCUUCCCCUGCCAGACCUCAAGAAUGUCCCCUCUGCCUCACAACACAGUGGGCGGGUGCAAGUUCAGGCGUCCUCAAGACCAACCCUCAGGUUGAAUCACUCAGUAUAAGGGGUCACAGAACUCAGGAAAGCUGUUUACACACGGUUACGGUUUACUACACUGCACGUGUGAGAGGGAACUGUCUGUUGGAAAAAAUACCUUCGGGAGAUAGAGACCUUGGGCCAGAAUGCAGGGCAUGAGCCACUCUGCAAGAGAAAGUGAGAAGGUUUGGGGCUUCUCUCUAGGCAGAUGGGAGAAUGCAGAACAGAGAAGGAUGGGAAAGAGAUGCGACCCAGCAGCAUGGGAGUGGUAAGGGGGUGACAAGGCCAGUGGGGCUCCACAGCGUCAGGGACACAAAGGGAGACUGGUUGCCUUGCUGCCACAUAAACCCCUUGUCCAUCCCCAGCCCCCAAACACCUCAUUAAAGUUUAUUUAUUACACCUCGA